AUUUGGGGUCUCUAAGGGUUUCGUUGCUCCCUCGGGAGCAUGUUUGGUUUAAAAUAAAUUCGACCCAGGUUGGUUGUUAGCGCCACCGCGUGUUUUGGGUGUCGUUGGCUCGUCGCUGAAUUAGGGUUUUCUGAGCCCGAAUUGGGCCAAAAAUGGCGUUGAAGGCCGUGUUCUUCGAUCUCGAUGACACUCUGGUUCUAACUCACGCUGCUGAUAAGGCAGCUCGCUUAGCGGUUAUGGAGCUAGUGCGAAAGCAUCAUCCCGCCAUUGAAGAACAGGAGAUUGUGGACCAUUUUUGGAAGGAUUUUAUCUCUCAACCAUGGGAUCCCACUAACCAGAUUGAUGUUACUGAAUGGAGAGCGCAAUUAUGGAACAAAGCUCUUCAGGAAAAAGGUGUCGAUGAUAUUAAGCUUGCUAGAGAUAUCCAAUGCUUGUUUGAUUUUACAAGAAUGGCUUCAUUCAGAUGGGCUCCUGCAGUUGAAAUGAUUGUCAAGGAUUUGCAUGCUCAAGGAAUCAAAACUGGAAUCAUUACCAAUGGGCAUCCAAAAGUUCAAAGAGCGAAGCUCCAAGCUGCUGAAGCCCACAAACUUUUUGAUCCUAUUAUUGUUGGUGGAGAGGAAAUCCAUGAGAAACCUCACAAAAGCAUCUUUUUGAAGGCGUGUAAUCUUGUCGGAAGCAAGCCUGAAGAAUCUGUCAUGGUGGGGGACAAUCUUAAAACAGAUAUUCAGGGAGCAAAAAAUGCAAAUUUCUUGGCUGCUAUAUGGGUUAAUACACAUGGAUUGGAUGAGAUUCCUGCUGGUGUUGCAAGACCUGAUCAUACUGUCAACAGCGUUGCUGAGAUCCCACUCAUUCUUCCCCUGAACAAGUGAUUGUGGUAUAAAGUAUCAAUACUUGAAUGCAUCCAUGCAUACAAAUGCAACCAUGGAUAUUGCCUAAGAUGCAUGUUAAAUGAAAUUUAAGGCUGUAUUAUUUUCUGGGUGUGCGACUUAAUCUUGUAUAAGCCAGAAAAGUAAAAUUGUUUCACUAGUUAAACGCAUGAAGAUUGCAGUAAAAGCUGUUUAUUGAUUCACUGAGAUGUCUUUCUGUAUAAGCCAGAAAAGUAAAAUUGUUUCACUAGUUAAACGCAUGAAGAUUGCAGUAAAAGCUGUGCAUUGAUUCACCGAAAUGUCUUUCAUCCAUCGAAGUUUCUGAAACAUUUACUCACUUGGUUUUAGUCGUACUUUUGUUUGUUAUGAGAUCAAUUAUUGUCCAUGACUAAAAUAAAAUUUCACCUAGUCUUUAUGGGGGUCCAAUUUUUGGUUGAUCCCAUCAUUGACUUGUCCUGGUUGAGACUUGAAAGUGGAUGGUGUAGUUGUUUUAAUUGAUUUCUUGUUGAAUUGGUGCAGAUCGGUGUUUAAAAAACCGGAAAGGGGUGCCAGCACCCCCCCAACUAGAGUUGAAUCGCUGACUCUUGGAAGGAGAAAUGACGGAAAAAUGGUGAAACUCAGAACCGCAAAAAAAUAUAAUGAAAAAAGAAGAAAAUAUCACCUAGAAGGUCCCUACAAUGCUUGAUUUUGAGCAAACCAGGGUGAUUCCCCGGUUUGGCACCAUCCUGAAUCAAGAACCCCAGUUCUAAGCCAACUUGAGCAAUUCUUAGGCUCGACAAUUUUCCAAUUACUAGUAUAAAUGUUAUUCUUAGAUCGUAGUAACUUGUGAAGUAGUCAAGUUAACAUAUGUUAGUGGAUAGAACUGGACCAUCCGUAUCCUCGAGGGUGAGUCUUGACUCUAGAUGAUCCUAUAUGUCAUGGAUAAAAUUCUACCUAAUUGGCAUGUUUGGAUCUGCUUAUGUGUGUGCAUGUGAAUCAGACAUCAGAACUCAUUUUUUGGUGAGGAGUGAGGACAUGUAUUUGAGAUCGAUAACAUUAAACCGUCCAGCCUUUGUUUCGUGUU